AUGCUAUUGCUUCGCUUCAAUUCGACCAUCUUCGCAGGCUUGCGACUUCUGGUUGCCAUCAGUAUUUUGCUCGGAUCGGAGAAGCCGACGCAACAACUGUUUGACCAGUCUGCUGCUGUGUCCGACGCGCUUGCACCUCCAACUGACCAGCAUUUACAACUCCACGAUUCUACUCAGUUCCGUGACAUCGGCAACGCUGACGAUAUUUUCGACUGGCUUACGUUCACAUUAAUUCCCACAGUGUUUUUUACGGCUGAUGUUAAUGAAACCUUAUCGCGUCGUGGGUAUCUGGACCUAAGCAACCAGAUUUUGGGCGGUGUGAUUCUCGAAAAGACCGCCGUAGGAUUCAGAGAUUGCAACUCCACUGAAGCUUUUGUUCAAUUGUAUCCAUACUGUUUGGCAGCAGAGCACCCGCGGACUUCAUCUAUUUUCUUGGAUUUGAACAUGAGUUCAAGGGAAGCUGCAAAUACAAUCACAAGCUUGAAAAUGAAUGACACGUGGGUGAACUAUCACACUAAACUCUUCCGGGUGACUGUCGCCACAUAUAACAGCAACACUGACACUUUUUCUGUGACGCGACUCGACGUCAACUUUCGCGAAGCUGGUGAACUCGAAGUACUUGCUGACAGCUGCUCAAACAGUGACGAAUUUUUCCUUGCUCUACGCGAAGUCAUUGAGGCACUCGAUGAUGCUGCAAUUUGGGUCAACGCAUAUAGCAUGGUUGGAGCCAUCACGAUCAUCCAGUUGGGUUCGUUUGUCAUUCGACAAUUGCGUUUUCACCCGAGAUUAAAUGUGUUCGCUCGUACAGUGGCAACUUCUCUUCGUCAGUUCCGGGACUUUAUCGUGAUCUUUAUCAUCAUCUUUAUGACUUUUUCUUUGGCGGGGAAUAGUCUUUUCGGCAAACAUGUUUAUCAGUUCUCAUCGGCAUCAAACUCGAUUGUAUCCUGUAUGAAUAUGCUGUUUCAAACGUUCGACUACAACAGUAUCAGUAGCUUUCGUGGGGCGGGUAUUUACUUCUGGAGCUACAUGAUUGUUAUCAAUACCGUUCUUCUCAACAUGAUGCUGGCGAUGGUGAUUGGAGUUUACCAAACCAUAACCCAAGAAGGACACGAUGGGGAGGUGAGCAGACAACUUAUCGCUAGAAUUCGCAAAAACUAUCCCUCCAAAGAAGCUAUUCGAUCACUUCUAUGCUGGCGUGGCCAAGGCAGAACGCGGCUUGUCCCUACAAAAGACCACCCAGCGCGUUCCACACCUUCAAUUGCUGACGUGGAAGCGUUGGAAUUUUUCAAAAACGUAUAA